UUUCUAGCGCCUGGUGAUGACGCAAUCUUCUCUGAUUGGUUCUGCCGCGGAGGCCGAUUUAGUGGACCAGAGUUCUGAGAGCCGGACACGUGUUAUCUACUGCGAGGUGUUUAAGGGUCCUGAGGGCGGAGAGAGCUAGGGGUCUACAGAGCCAAGGAAUCUCUAGUGAUGAAGCUGAGUCUCAUCAAAGUCGUUAAUGGCUGUCGUCUGGGAAAAAUACAAAAUCUGGGCAAAGCAGGGGACUGCACCAUGGACGUUCCAGGCUGUCUUUUGUAUACCAGAACUGGCUCUGCCCCACACCUGACCCAGCACACACUGCAUAAUGUCCAUGGGGUCCCAGCCAUGACCCAGCUGACCCUGUCUUCCUUGGCACAACAUCAUGAAGUCUUGGCAGAAUAUAAGAAAGGAGUCGGAAACUUUAUAGGCAUGCCAGAGUCCCUCUUCUAUUGUUCCCUGCAUGAUCCGGUCAGCCCCUGCCCAACUGGUUAUGUAACAAAUAAGUCUGUGUCUGUGUGGGGCGUUGGAGGUCGAGUGGAAAUGACUGUUUCCAAGUUCAUGGCAAUACAACAGGCCCUUCAGCCAGACUGGUUCCAGUGCCUCUCAGAUGGUGAAGCAUCUUGUGAGGAAGUUGCUUCCAUAAAAAGGGCCAGAAAGUCUGUGGACCGAUCACUUCUGUUCCUGGACAGCUGCCUGCGGCUACAGGAAGAGUCAGAGGUCCUUCAGAAAAGUGUGAUCAUUGGAGUGAUUGAAGGCGGAGAUGUGAUGGAAGAGAGACUGAGGUCCGCACGAGAGACAGCCAAGCGGCCAGUCGGGGGCUUCCUUCUGGAUGGCUUUCAUGCGAAUCCAGCAGUCACAGAAACCAGGCUGCGCUUGCUGUCAUCAGUCACUGCGGAGUUGCCAGAGGACAAACCAAGGCUCAUUUGUGGCAUCAGCCGGCCAGAUGAAGUGCUCGAGUGUAUUGAAAGAGGAGUGGACUUAUUUGAGAGUUUUUUUCCCUAUCAAGUGACUGAGCGGGGCUGUGCCCUGACUUUCACCUUUGAUUGCCAGCUGAAUCCUGAAGAGACAUUAUUACAACAAAAUGGGAUACAAGAAGAAGUAAAAUAUGUGGAUCAAAUUAAAAAAAUUAAAACAACGGGCUGCAGUGAAGAAAUGACAUCAUUUGAAAUUAGUCUGAAGGAAAAAAAGUACCAGGAAGAUUUUAACCCGUUGGUGAGAGGAUGUUCCUGUUACUGCUGUAAGAAUCACACUCGUGCAUAUAUUCACCAUCUGUUGGUGACCAAUGAGCUGCUGGCUGGGGUCCUGCUUAUGAUACACAACUUUGAACACUACUUCAAGUUUUUCUGCUCCAUCCGGGAAGCACUAAAAAAUGACACACUGGCGCAGUUGAAAGAACUCAUCCACAGACAGGUGUCUUGAGAACUAGUGGUUACAAAAUUCAACUCUUCUCAGGAAGCAGUGAUCUUAGCUCUAAGUAUUUAUAUUCAGGAAUAAAAUCUGCUGGAAUAAAGAACAUCAGUCUCAAACUGCCCAUGGGAGGGUGAAGAAAUGUCUUCUCAAGACAUCAAUAGACUAGAUUAAUCAGAAUGAUUUGAACCAUGACUUUUAAAUUUUCCAGGCUAAUUCUACCAGCUGGCAGAUGAAUUUAGUCAAAGAAAAAGGCUUUAUGUGUGAUAAGACACUGUUGAAUUGGGUGAUGAGGUUCUAGGGACCAGUGAGGUGGAUGGGGCCCAAGGGAGAUCGCUGUAUAAGUAGCUUGUCCUCUGGAUGCACAGCUGUUGCCUGGAGAAGAAAUCUAGCAGGUUUGACCAAGGUUUUCUUUGUUUCUCAGGAGCUUCUUGGCACACUUUUGACUUCGUGUACCUGGCAGUGCAGUCACUCAGAAGGGCUCUCUUGACUUAACCAUGCUCACCUUUCCCUGGAAUAUGGGACCCAAAUAGUGCUUUUCUGAUACUUGACCCAGGCCAUAUUCCUUCAUUUGGCCACUUGAUCUAUUUGUGACUUGUCUUCCAAGAGCCAAUGCACUUGCCCAUUAGGAACCACAUUUUGCUUAGCUGCUUUGUCUGGUUGCAUAGAGCCAAUGUGAUGCCCCAGGCUCAUAAACGGUCUAACUGUAUAAUGACUAGUUCAUCACUUGGGGAGAUCCAUUUGCUGUGUCUUUAUGUGGAUGGAACCCUGGGUUGGCAAUUAGAAGAUCAGUUUCCAUUCCAGUCAGUUGUGAGUUCAGGCAACUCACCCAACUUUUGAAACCCUCUAGGGUCCCUCAUGAAUAAAUGGGGGCAGACAUAGUGGGUAGGAUUAAAUGAACUUCUAAGGUUCUGCAACUUCAAAACUCCAGGAGCAAGAAGUUUUAGAAUCCUAGCUGUACUUGUCAUCCCUAUUUAUUAAUCACUAUUG